UUAUAAAAUAUUAUGCAUAAUUAAUAGAAAUAGAUGGAGUGUAAUUUGUAGACUUAAUAGAAAUAGAUGGAGAAAAAUAUGAAUAGCUAAUACAAUUAGAUCCCAUUUAAACGUUCUGCCUAACCUAUUAAAUUAUUGGAGGAGCAUCGAUUUGAAGAAUAAUAAGCUAGAUUGUAUUUUCAAAAAGAUAAAUUAUGGAUGACUAGUCCAAAUUUUAAAGAUUAAACAAUUCAAGCAUUUAUAAUGAAUUUUUAAUAGAUCCUUAAUGAAACAUCAACAAAAAAGCAGCUUCCAUUAAAAACAACACUUUAAGAAAUGGGAAUUAAUGCUAAUAAAAUUUCAAAUAUAGAAAUGCUCCUAAAUUCAAAGUAAAUUGAAUUAAAAGAAGUUGCGAAAUUGCUAUAAAUUAAAUUGAUAUUUAUUAUAACUUAACCAAAUAAGUAAUGGGAAUUUGGGGAAACAGACGAUUAAGUUCUUAAAAUAAUUAUCGAAAUGAAAAAUAGUACUCAAAAUUUUUCUUUUAUAUUUGGGCUUUCGUUAUAGAAAUAGUAAUUUAAAGCCCCCUAGUUUGUUUCUCAAAACUCCCAAAAACUUUUCACUCCUAAUCAUCCCAACCCACUAACUCAAGAAUCUAGAAUAUACACACCUAGCAAUAAACUUUAAAAAAAUCAACCUUUAUAAGCUUAAUUUAUAUAAAAUUUCUCUUCCAGUUUACCCAAUUACUAAGACAAAAAAAAAUAGGAAGAUGAAGAUUUUGUUCUAACCACAAGUUAAAUAUCAGAAUAACACAAAGAGAAGGAAAAACCAGUUUAAAAAAUUAAUAUGGCUCGCUCCUUUCCAGUUCACAUUGAUUUAAUAUAGUGUGAAAUUUGUUCUUAAAAUUAUGAGAAGACUUUUGAAAACUAAAUUAUUUUACCAUGUUGCCAAAAAAUUGUUCAUAGAAAUUGUGUUGAAGACGAUCUUGAAAAAUCAGAUGACAUUUUUGAGAAUAAAAAAUGUUACUUCUGCUCGAAGCCCUUUGAGAUGAUUUUUUUGAAAAAAGUUAUUGGUUUAAAUAAAUUUCAAGAAAAAGUCUAAAAGUAAAUUAUUGAGAAAUGCGUUGAUACAUGCUUUAAUUGCAAAGCAAAAUUCCCUAUAAUACCUUAAUAAUAAGAAAAGAUUUUUGCAAUUAAAUGUAAAAACUGUGAAGUCGAAAUUUGUUCUAAAUGCAGGAGUAAAUUUCAUGGCAAAUCAUCAGAUGUAAUAUAUUAUUUUAUGAUUUUAAGUGUUAUAAUAUUAGAUAAGAACUUUUUAAAGUAUUUCAAGGGUAACCAAUUAUAGUUUGUGAGUUUUGUAAUUUAAUACAAACAAAAGAUGAUGGAUGCAAUCAUGUGACCUGUUAUUAAUGUAAAAUGGAUCUUUGCUCUAUUUGUUCAGUGGACAGAAGACCAAUUUUAUCUCAUGGAAAUCAUUUUCAUCGAAAAGGAUGCGACAAUUAUGCUGUUGAAGAAAAUAAAAAAAAUAUGACUGAAGAAAGAGAUAGGAAUUGUGAAUUAUGUAAAACCAAUCCUAAUCGUGCUUGUUAAAUUCCAAUCGAUCUUGAGACUUAUAAAAAGUUAAAGGGCUAUGAUUUUUCAUGAUAGAAUUUAUUAUUGACUUAUUAACCC